AUGCAGAAUCGAAUUACAAAGACCACUUGUCAAAUAAAAAAGAAUAAAAGAGUCGAUAGAUUGCGUGAUUUACUUCAAUUAGCACCUUCUGAUUCUGUAUUAUUAGAUGCUUGUGCACGAAAGCCUCCCGGUGAUGUUAAAGAAAUAUUAGAAGCAUUACCAGAAAUAAACCCAGAUCUGAUUCGAGAUAAACAUCUAAGGACACCAUUACAUAUUGCUUGCAGUCGAAAGGAUGACCCUGAAGUUGCAACAGAAAUAGCAAAGCUAUUAAUACAAGCAGGUUCUGACGUUAAUAAUGGGAUGGGAGAUGUGGAUGGACUUCAACCGAUACAUAUGGCUGUACUUGCAGGAAAUUAUCAAUGUGUAUUAAUGUUAUUACAAGAAGCAAAAUUAAAGAUGGAUAAUCUUCGACAAUCACAACAUUUAAUUCAUAAUUCUAUAAAAGAAGUUGAUUAUACAUCUCAGAGUGCAAAAGAUGAAUAUGAAGAUUUGAAGUCGAUUACUCAAGUGUUGGUAAAUCAUUUAGCAAAUAAGCAUAUUAAUACAUACGGAUUACCUUCUUAUGAUUCAUAUCAUGGGCUAUCAGAUUUUUUAUUCUUAAGAAAAGAAUCGGAUAAUGAUGAAUUAAAUAAUGUCAUAUUAUCCAUCACUGACAAAUUAGCCUUAAUAGGCAUGAAUGAUGAUAAUACCUUAUUACAAGAUUCAAUUAAUGGAUUGAUAGAGAAAGUUAAAAGAUUAGGAAUAAAUGGAGAAACUGUAAAAUAA